AUGGACAGCAUCGCGCAGUUGGCCCUCCAGCGCGGAGGCUACGACUUCUCCAACCACCAGAGAAAUGUCCGUUUGCUCAUGGACGCGGCGAAGCGUUGUCCCUCCUCGGCAGGCUCGCCGACGCCGCCCGGGUUGCCCCCCGCCCGAAAAACAGGGACGACCAUCUGCGGGGUUGUGUGCAACGGCGCGGUCGUUUUGGGCGCCGACACACGCGCCACGGAAGGCACGAUCGUGGCCGACAAAAACUGCAGCAAACUCCACAGAAUCGCCGAUAACAUGUACGCCGCAGGAGCCGGCACCGCUGCCGAUCUGGACCACAUGUGCGACUGGCUCGCCGUUCAGGUCGAAUUGCACCGUCUCAACACCAAUGCGCAGCCUCGCGUCUCCAUGGCCGUUUCCGUUCUGAGCCAGGAGCUCUUCAAGUACCAGGGGUACAAGGGUUGCGCAGUGGUCCUCGGCGGCGUCGAUUUCAAGGGCCCACAUAUCUACAAAAUUCAUCCACACGGCAGCACGGACUGCUCGAACUUUGCAGCCAUGGGCAGCGGCAGUCUGAAUGCCAUGGCCAUCCUAGAGGCAGGGUACAAGGACGGCAUGACACUGGAGGAGGGAAAGGCCCUCGUGUGCGAUGCCAUCAAAGCUGGUGUCCUGAACGAUUUGGGGAGUGGCGGAAACAUCGAUCUGUGCAUUAUUACCCGUGAGGGUGCGCAGCACAUUCGCCAGUACGAGACGCCCACGCAGCGGCCGUUCCAGGCGACGCACCCUGUCUUCCCCAAAGGCACGACGCCGGUUCUCCUCGAGAAGAUUGAACACCUCAAGAACCGUCUCGAGUUCUCGCAAGAAGUCGAGAUGGUUGAGGCUUGA